CCCAGUGGUUGGGUCCUUUGUGAGGCAGGCUGAGGGGACAGUGGAACCUGAGGGUCUGUGGUCACAGUAGGUGGGAAGUCUCAGAGGAAGGAGCCCCUCCCUGGGAGCCAGACCCCCACGCCAUGGCGAGCGUGGUAGUGAAGACGAUCUGGCAGUCCAAAGAGAUCCAUGAGGCCGGGGACACCCCCACGGGGGUGGAGAGCUGCUCCCAGCUAGUCCCAGAGGCUCCCCGGGGGGUGACCAGCCCGGCCAAGGGGAUCCCGAAGAAAAAGAAGGCCGUGUCGUUCCACGAGGUGGAGCCCCCGAUGUCCCACCAGCCCAUGCACUGGUGCCUGAACCUCAGACGGUCCUCAGCCUGCACCAAUGUGUCACUGCUCAACCUGGCCGCCAUGGAGCCCACCGACUCCACGGGGACAGACUCCACAGUGGAAGACCUCAGCGGCCAACUCACGCUGGCUGGGCCCCCUGCCUCCCCCAUCCUACCCUGGGAUCCGGAUGAUGCAGACAUCAGGGAAAUCCUGAGUGGGGUCAACAGUGGAUUGGUCCGUGCCAAAGACUCCAUCACAAGCUUGAAGGAAAAAACCAACCGGGUUAACCAGCACGUGCAGUCUCUGCAGAGCGAGUGUUCUGUGCUGAGCGAGAAUCUGGAGAGAAGGCGGCAAGAAGCAGAAGAGUUGGAGGGGUACUGCAUUCAACUCAAGGAGAACUGCUGGAAGGUGACCCGGUCUGUGGAAGAUGCUGAAAUCAAAACCAACGUCUUGAAGCAGAAUUCUGCCUUGCUGGAGGAGAAGCUGCGCUACCUCCAGCAGCAGCUGCACGAUGAGACGCCGCGACGGCAGGAGGCCGAGCUGCAGGAGCCGCAGGAGAAACAGAAGCCGGAGGCUGGCCUCUCCUGGAACGGCCUGGCCCCCGCCGCCACGUCCCAGGGCUGCCCUGGCCCGCCAGGGAGUCCCGACAAACCCUCGCGGCCGCGCGGCCUGGUCCCCGCAGGCUGGGGAAUGGGGCCUCGGGCAGGCGAGGGCCCCUACGUGAGAGAGCAGGAAUUGCAGAAGGUGUUCACCGGCAUCGAGGAGUUGAGGAGAGAGGUGUCCUCGCUGACCGCCCGGUGGCAUCAGGAGGAGGGGGCGGUGCAGGAAGCCCUGCGGCUGCUCGGGGGCCUCGGCGGCAGGGUCGACGGCUUCCUAGGCCAGUGGGAGCGGGCACAGCGCGAACAGGCACAAACAGCGCGGGGCUUGCAGGAGCUGCGAGGUCGGGCGGAUGAGCUGUGCACCAUGGUGGAGCGGUCAGCAGUGUCUGUGGCUUCACUGAGGAGCGAACUGGAGGGGCUGGGCCCACUGAAACCCAUUCUGGAGGAGUUCGGGCGGCAAUUUCAGAACUCUCGAAGAGGGCCUGACCUCUCUAUGAACCUGGAUCGGUCCCACCAAGGCAACUGUGCCCGCUGUGCCAGCCAGGGGUCGCAGUUGUCCACGGAGUCCCUGCAGCAGCUGCUGGACCGAGCGCUGACCGUGCUAGUGGACGAGGUGAAGCAGAGGGGCCUGACUCCUGCCUGUCCCAGCUGUCAGAGGCUACACAAGAAGAUUCUGGAGCUGGAGCGCCAGGCCUUAGCCAAACACGUCAGGGCAGAGGCCCUGAGCUCCACCCUUCGGCUGGCCCAAGACGAGGCCCUGAGGGCCAAGAACCUACUGCUGACAGACAAGAUGAAGCCGGAGGAGAAGAUGGCCACUCUGGACCAUCUACACUUGAAGAUGUGCUCCCUCCACGAUCAUCUCAGCAACCUGCCACUUGAGGGGUCCACGGGAACAAUGGGGGGAGGCAGCAGUGCAGGAACUCCCCAAAAACAUGAGGGCUCAGCCCCUGAACAAUAAAUGGCCUCUCAUGCUGGCA